CUAAAACCCUUACGUCCUCCUCCUCCUCCUCCUCAUAAUACUAAAAGUAGUAAUAAUUCUUCCCUUCGUUUCUCCUUCUCCUCCCCCUCUUAUCUGUGGUUGAUGAGAGAGGAGAGAUCGUCCGAGAUGUCGGACGAGGAGCCCCCUGGUGGCGGUGGCGACGGCCCUCCGCCGCCAUUCUCCGACCAGGUCCUGGAGAACGUCCUCGAGAGCGUGCUCCAGUUCCUGGACUGCCGCCGGGACCGGAACGCGGCCUCGCUGGUGUGCCGGUCCUGGUGCCGCGCCGAGGGCCAGACCCGGCGCGAGCUCUUCAUCGGCAACUGCUACGCCGUCUCCCCGGCACGCGCCGUCGAGCGCUUCCCCCGCGUCCGGGCGCUCGUUCUCAAGGGCAAGCCCCGCUUCGCCGACUUCGAUCUCGUCCCCGCAGGGUGGGGUGCCCGCUUCUCCCCCUGGCUCGCCGCCUUCGCCACCGCCAACCCCUGGCUCGAGCGCCUCUGCCUCAAGCGCAUGUCCGUCUCGGACGCCGACCUCUACCUCCUCGCCCGCUCCUUCCCCUCCUUCCACGACCUCACUCUUAUCUGCUGCGACGGCUUCGGCACCGCCGGCCUCGCCGCCAUCGCCGAGCAUUGCAGGCACCUCCGAGUGCUGGAUCUGAUAGAGAACGACGUGGAGGACUUGGAGGACCAGGCGCUGGACUGGGUGUCGAGAUUCCCGGAGUCGACGACGAGCCUGGAGUCGCUCGUCUUCGACUGCGUGGGAUGCGAGGUGAACAUGGAUGCGUUGGAGGCGCUCGUCGCGCGCUCCCCCUCCCUCCGGAGGCUGCGGGUGAACCAGCGCGUCUCCGUCGGCCAGCUCCGGCGCCUCAUGGUGCGGGCGCCGCAGCUCACCGACCUCGGCACCGGUUCCUUCGAGGUGGGGCAGGGGGAGUGGGAGAUGGAGAUCGCCGAGCUGGAGGCCGCCUUCGCCGCCUCCAGGUCCCUGGUGUGCCUCUCGGGCUUCCGGAACCACUCUCUGGAGUACUUCCCUGCCAUCUACGUGGUUUGUGCCAACCUCGUGUCUCUCAAUCUCGGAUACUCGGUGAUCACCACCGAGGAGUUCGAGCCGGUCAUUAUUCAUUGCCACAAUCUCCAAACUCUCUGGGUUCUUGACACCGUUCAAGAUGAAGGGCUCCAGGCAGUGGCUGCGACUUGCAAGGAUCUCCGUGAGCUCCGGGUAUUCCCUUUGGAUGGAGCAGAGGAAUCCGAGGGCUUUGUAUCGGACAUCGGCCUCAUUGCAAUUUCCGAGGGAUGUCCGAAGCUCCGAUCGAUUCUUUACUUCUGCCAACGAAUGACCAAUGCUGCCGUGGUGAGCAUGUCCAGGAAUUGCCCGGAGUUGGUCGUGUUCCGUCUCUGCAUCAUGGGCUUCUGCCGCCCCGAUCGCCUCACCGGGGAACCCAUGGAUGAGGGGUUCGGGGCCAUCGUGAUGAACUGCAAGAAGCUCACCAGGCUUGCUGUUUCUGGCCUGCUGACCGACAAGGCCUUCGGGUACAUUGGAAAGUAUGGGAAGUCGGUGAGGACCCUGUCGGUGGCCUUCGCGGGGAACAGUGACUCCGGUCUGAGGUAUGUGCUUGAGGGGUGCCCCAAAUUGCAGAAGCUUGAGAUCAGGGACAGCCCUUUCGGGGAUGCAGCUCUUCUCUCUGGGAUUCACCAUUACUAUAACAUGAGGUUCUUGUGGAUGUCUUCGUGCAAGCUUUCGAUUAGGGGUUGCAAGGAAGUGGCCCGGAGGCUGCCUCACUUGGUGGUGGAAGUGAUCAGGGACAGACCUGAGAAAGAUGAUGGUGAGGCCAUGGAGAAAGAUGAUGGUGAGGCCGUUGAGAAGUUAUACAUGUACCGGUCUCUUGCAGGGCCAAGGGAUGAUGCACCUCCUUUUGUGAAGAUCCUAUAGGCUUUGCCUUUUUGGUAGAGAUACUAGGGAAGAAGAACAAGCCAGGCUCUUCUCUACUUCUGGGUGUCGCUGAGGAGCUUACUUCCAAACGGAUGAUGCUUUGCUUCAAUGCAAUGAGCGUGAGUUUGGUGGACGGUAGUUUUCAUAGCCCACCAGAUAAUUCUCAUGCUCCAUGCCAUUAAGACCGGAUAGCUCCAUUGUUGUUAUCAUUUAUUUUUAAUCGUCUUUGCCCCCUCAUGCUUGGGUUGUGGAAAUGCCAUUAGGUACCAAUCUUUCGGCGCAUCUCUUUCUUUUCUUUGCAAAGACGAAAUAGAAGCAGAGGGGGAGCAUAUUAGAAGUGGGAACGGGUAAUGUGAUCUUGUUGUAUCAAUACCACAUUAUAAAAUACCAUCGUCUAGCAUUAUGAGAUCA